GUUGCUUGCUUCAAACAAGUUCCCCUCAUCCCUUUCUUUCUGUCAGACAAGAGCGUGACUGAGAUAAUAAUAAAUUGUCUUAAUUAUUUAAGGGACCGUACCGUUGGGAAGUAUACAUUCUACAACGUAACUGAUCAGUAGGAGCAUUUACUAGGGCUUGCUUUUCCUCAACGGUCACUACCUCCCUUGAGCCCCAAAGCCCAAAAGAACCAUCUCUUUCCUCUUGUUUUCCCUCCUCACAAGUCACAACCAGAGUCUUGCUGCUGAUGCCAUUAAUUGGCCCCUCCUCCACCAUAAAGCAAAUCCACAAUUAAAGGCCCUUCACUUUGGAGCUACCACAAAGCGAAAAUGUCUAGCAAGUCCCCAAUCUUUCCCAUUCCUGAACCUCAACACUUCAGCGACUAUGGCUUUGACCCGCAGAUUGAUUACUUUCAGUUCCUGGAGGAAGCAAGAAACCACAAGAGAGAGACGACGACAACAAGGUCUUCCGUUGACUCCUUACACUUCAAGCUCCAGAAACCCAUUUCAAAAGAGGAGUCUGCUAAUAGAACGAUCCACAAACCCAACAACAGGAAGAAGAAAUGGUGGAGAAAAGCUUUGCUAUUCUUUAAGUGGAAGUGGAUCCACAGUAAUCACAAGGAUGAUUAUCUUGGUCACGGAGAUGUUCAUAUAGCAAGGGCUAGAGCUUUCGGAGCUUCCAUCUCAGGGCCUGUUUAUUUAACUGAUAGUUUAAGUGGAUCAAGCACUCCUUACAGGUCCACUAGCAGACCAUCAUCAGGGCCUCUAGCUGGAUCCUUGACUCCGGCAAGAAAGGGUGAUAUGGAGAUACCUUAUUUGAGUCUGAGGGAGCUUAACAUGGAGCAGCGGCAGCAGCAACGGAGUAUCUCUACUUCUGCAAUGCCAAUAUAUUUGGUCACUUGAGUUUUAGAUUAGUGGAUCUGUUUAGUGACUAAUUACUUGUUGGUUUGGUAAUGGCAUGGCUUCUCUGGGGUGCUCUUUCAGUUUCUUUAUUAAUGUUUAUAGCCAUCUUUCUGGGUUUGCCCCUUUUUUCA